AGGCGGGGCUGCUACGGAAGGCUGCUGGUGUCGAUGAUUCACCGUGUGGUAAUGUUCACUGUGAUAGGAGAGCCAGUGACUGACCAGAGUGCACCAUCAUGGGGACGAACAUGGUCUCACUUUGGCUGAUAUGGGUGUGUCUCGUGCAGAGCUCUGCGAUGUUGUCUCAUGUGGAGAGAUAUGAGGUGGUCACACCUCGGAGACUCCAGGGCCGACAGAAGAGGAGCCUGCAGGACAACCAGCUUUAUCCUGACACGAUUCAAUACCAGUUAGCCAUUGAAGGGAGGAACCACACAAUGAAUCUGGAAAGAAACAGGGAUCUCAUUGGGAAAGGCUACACUGAGACACACUAUUUAGAAGAUGGGAAACGGGUUACAACAUCGCCUAAUGAGGAGCACUGCUACUAUCAGGGUCACAUUGAAGGCAUGAAGGACUCUUCAGUCAGUGUUGGGAUUUGUUCAGGCAUUAGUGGCUAUGUGAGAGCCCAGCAGCAGGUGUACCUGAUAGAGCCUCUGGGACAGUCUGAGGAUGGGGGCCAUGCAGUGUACAGACCGGAGGACUUGAAGACCAUCAACUCCUCGUCCAACACCCCCCCGCUGUACGACCAGGACCAGGCCCCGCGGCUCUCCAACCUCUUCAGAUCCAGAUCAUGGAAAACCAAACCCAUUGCAGGUCCACAGAAGUUCGUCGAGCUGUUUGUGGUGGUGGACAAUACUGAGUAUAAGCUAUAUGGAAGCGAGACUAAGUCCCGGCUCCUCGGAGCUAUAAAUCACAUUGACAAGCUGUAUCGAGCUCUGAACAUUCGCGUCAUGCUGGUGGGCUUGGAGAUUUGGACGUACAGAGACUACAUGGAUGUUGACACUAAUUCAGAGACCACCCUGGACCAUUUCCUCCUGUGGCGGCAGGCCGAUCUUCUGAAGAGGAUCAAGCACGACAAUGCCCAAUUUGUGACUGGCAAAGAUUUUGACGGAGACACAGUUGGACUGGCAAAUAAGUUUGCCAUGUGUACCGGAAACUCAGGUGGAGUCAAUCAGGAUCACCAUGACAACCCAAUAGGCCUUGCCUCUACCAUCGCUCAUGAGAUGGGACAUAACUUUGGCUUGUCACAUGAUGCUGAAGGCUGUAUGUGUGGUCCAUCGUACAGCAGUGGGAACUGUGUGAUGGCAGAAAAACUCAGGACAGGAAAUCAAGCAUUCCCAGAGUUUUUCAGCGGCUGCAGUGUGGAGCAGCUAGCCGAGUUCAUGGCGCGGGCGCAGCCCAGCUGCUUGUCCAGACCCAGCUCCAUUACGAACAUCGCUGCAGGUCCUAGCUGCGGCAACAACCUCCUGGACCCCGGAGAGGAGUGUGACUGCGGCCCUGUGGAGGAAUGUCAGAACCCUUGUUGUGAUGCCUCGACUUGUCGCCUGACUGAAGGAUCCCAGUGUGCUCAGGGAGAAUGCUGUAACAACUGCCAGCUCAAACCGGCAGGAGGCGUAUGCAGAAAGUCAGCCAGUGACUGUGACUUGCCUGAAUACUGCACCGGAGAGUCGGAGCAGUGUCCUGAAGACAGCUUUGAGAUGAACGGCAAGCCGUGCUACGACCAGGCGCAGGGCUACUGCUCCAACGGACAAUGCCCCACACAUCAGCAGCACUGCUGGAGGCUGUUUGGACCAGGGACCAGAGUUGGAUCAGAUGUGUGUUUUAAUCUGAACAAACGGGGCGAAGAAGGUGCAAACUGUGGAAGGGACAAAUUCAGCUACAUCCCCUGCACUGCGCCGAAUCUGAAGUGUGGGUCUAUGUUUUGUGAAGGAGGAGGCGAGUCCAUCACAGGUAAAAGGGCAGACUUCCGCUUGUUCGGCUUAGAAUGUAAACUAGCAGUGGAUGACGAUAAGACCAGAAACAUCGACAUGGUGCCAAAAGGAACCAAAUGCGGACCAAACAAGGUUUGCCUUGACAACAGAUGUGUGGAUAUGUCAGUUUAUGGGAAAAAGGAGGACUGUUCAAAGAAAUGCAACAACAAUGGGGUGUGUAACCACAAGAACGAGUGCCACUGUAACCCUGGCUGGGCUCCACCCUACUGUGACAUCCAGUAUGCAGAUUUACCUCAAGUUCAGAGUGGGAUAAUAGCCGGAGUGUGUGCAGCUCUCUCCAUCCUCCUGACCAUCACGGCGGUGACUGCAGGGCUGAUGUGUUGUAAAAAGGACAACACGGACAACUACACCUACAAAAGGAAAGUGCAUUCAGCUCCAGACAAGCUGAACCCGAUGUCUCAGGACGGGAGUGUUAAAGACAGACCUCAGAUCAGUGCGCCCACUUUCAUGGCGUCAACAGCAACACAAGCCUACGCUCCUCUGGUUGUUACCGUGACUCCCAGCAGAGCCGCUCCACAGACACCAAAGAAACUGUCUCCAGUCUCUCCUACAGCACAAACUGAGCCGGCAAAACUUCUACCUCCAUCUCUGCCUCCUCUGAGUAAACCUCAGUUGAAUGCAGCCAAACCAGCUCCUCCUCCUGUACCUCCAGUCAAGCCUAGCCCCCCUCCUGCUGCCAGAGUCAAGCCUAGCCCCCCUCCUGCUGCCAGAGUCAAGCCUAGCCCCCCUCCUCUGCCCCCAGCGAAGCCACAGACAUUCAGACUCACAUGAAAGUCUCAAGCUUAACUAAAGCAGAAAAACCUCCAGCAUAGUCGAAUAUAUGGAAAAAGAGCGAUCCUUUUUGGGUCAUAUGUGAGUCACAGAUUCCAAAAACGUUUGUCUUGAUACGUGAGUGACCGCGGCUUCACCGACUGAGAAUGUCUUUGAUGACCAACAGCUCCAUGCGGCUGUAGAAAAGUGAUUAUGGGGUGGAAAAAAAGUCUCCAUUUAUUUAACUGCCGGUACAGUUAGUCAAAAAAAGUUUUUCCUGCUCACGUCUUCCUGUGGGCAAAAUGGUGCUCAUUUGAAAAUGUAUAUUAAUAUUUAUUGAAUGUCUGUGAAAGGGACUGUAUGUAAGUAAGGGGUAUUUAAGGAGAAUUCAAUGAGGGUACAUUUCCGUAUUUCCAUAAUAUCUAAAUUGUGUCUUACAUGCAGAGAUGGGAGAAGUACUCAGAAGUACCAUAGUGUAGGAACAUCCUGCAUUCAGAAUGUUACUCAAGUCAAAGUACAAAAGUAUUAGCAUCAAAAUAUAGUUAAAGUACCAAAAGUAAAAGUAGUCAUUGUGCAGAUUGGUCCAUUUCAGAAUAAUAUAUAUGAUAUGUUUUAUAAUGAUUGAUCAUGAAAGUGUUCUCAAAGCUGGUAAAGGUGCAGCUAGUUUGAAUGACUUUGUAUACUGCAGGGUAGCUUGUGGAUUUACUCCAAGUGGAACUAAAGUCUGAUUUAAGACUCGAUUAUAUUUCACAUCAUUCAUCCACAUCUGUAAAGUAAAAGAGUGAAAGUACACGAUUGAUCUCUGAAUUGUAGUGGAGUAGCAUUAAAUGGAAAUACUCAAGUAAAGUACAAACAUCUCAAAAUGGUACUUAAGUACAGUACUUGAGUAAAUGUACUUAGGCACCUCCCACCUCUGCUUACAUGUAUAGCCUUACCUUACCAUAUUAAAUUAGCUAUGUACAUUUAGAUAUCAUUUCAACAUUAUUUAUUGUCAAUUUUCCAAGAGGGUUACUUUUAACAAAUAGACAUUGUAAAUUAAAUUAGAUUUAAGCCACGAUCAUAGGUUGCAAACAGAGCUAUUUUAUUUAUUCUAGUUUGUAGCAACUAGAAUUGUCGUACAAUUGAAUCACUGUUAUGUUAUUAUGAGAUAUGAGGGGGGAAGAUUUGCUUAUUGAUAUACAGUCCCUAAACUGCAUCUAAAGCCAGUCUGUGCCUUCUACAAGGGUCAUCUUUUUCCAUCACUUUGCACUGUACUUCAAAACCUUAUGUGUGAAUGGUACACAGAUGACCUGUGUGUGGCUGAAACACUUACAUACUUCUUUGUUUGUCUCCAGUCCCGAGGGUGUGUGCGACAGGGCCUCGGGGAAACACUGCAUGUAAAUGUGAAUAUCAUUUUGAAUGAAUUCCUAUGUAUUGCUUUAUUUUUGCAACAAAUAAAGUGCACUUUAUAUCA